AUGCUCUCCGGGAACUCGACUGGGUCCCUCGAUGGCCCGCUCCCUGAUCCGGUUUUCGGGCUCAUUUCCACGAUAUUCUGCGUCCUGUUCUAUGGAUCGGCAUUUACACCGAUGAAGCUGUAUGACGGAGGGGAUGGAGUAUUCGUGCAGUGGAUGAUGGCCUGCGGGCAAAUGCUACCGGCAUUUGUAUUGGCGUGGAAAACGAAUUUUCCACCGAUCUAUCCGACGGCCAUGAUUGGCGGGGUGGCAUACUCGAUUGCAAACUGCUUUACCGUACCCAUCAUGGCAAUCCUGGGUAUGACACUGGCGCCGUUGCUGUGGAAUUCGACGACUUGUCUUGUUGGCUGGGCGGUUGGGAACUUCGGUCUCUUCGGUGUGCCUCAAUCCGGGGCUCAAGUGGCUUGGCUAAACAAGCUCGGGCUCGUUGCCGUCAUCGUUGGUGGUGGCCUCUGCACGACCGUCAAGAGCAAGUCGAACCCGCUGAUUCGCUCAAACUUGUCAACUCGCUCAAAGGUAUUUGAAGAAGAUCAAGCUCAAUAUCGCACAAAAUCGCUCAUCAAAAUGGAGGAGCAAGCCGAGCCGGUGUGCUCGACGAGGCGAUUUAUUUCCAUCGCCGUCGCCCUCUGCCUCGGGCUGAUUUAUGGGAAUUUGUUGACUCCAAUCAGUGCGUUAGUGGCGCACGCCGAAGAGUGGGGAGUACCAAAUCAAGUGGAACCCUACUUGUUCUCGCACUUCUUGGGUGCCUUUCUCUCCAGCACUGUGAUUUUUAUCUUCUAUGGCGUUAUGAGGAAAAACGACCCAGCGAUAAAUCAGCAAAUCUGCCUCCCGGCUAUGCUCUCUGGCUGCCUUUUUGGCACCGGGGAGAUUUUAUUCUUUGUGGCGAAUCAUCAUUUGUCACAGGUAAUCGCCUUCCCGAUCAUCACCGCAAUGCCCGGGCUAAUCAACUCGUUCUGGGGGAUUUGUCUAUUUAAGGAGAUUCAGGGCAGCUCGAAUUUAAUCCGCCUCGCCGUGGCUUACCUGGUGACCGUUGGAGGGGUGUUGAUGAUCACGUUGAGUCGCUUCGAACUG